CCAUCCACGUGACGUAACUUCCGGCCCGGACGGCGCUGGUGUGGGCAGGCUCCAGUGGUAGUGGCAGCGGCGUGCCGAGUUCGAUCCCCGCCCCCGCAACCACACACAACUCCCCGGAAAGUCCCCGAUUGCGGAGAGACAUGAACUGGCACGGGGACCACCGCCACAUUGUCGUCUCGUCACCAAAGAGGAAGCACCACCAAGCCGAUCGCGAGUCGCUGCCGCGGACAUGUCGAGGUUAAAGAGACUGGAACCCGCGACCCUUCAACUGCUCGGGUGUGUACUCGUGUCGGCCCUGCUGUUGUCGGCCGUGCCACAGUCCCGGGCAUGCGUCCCCCCACAGGGCGAAGGAGUCCGGACAAGUCCUGAGUGGCUAGCCUACCAGUCCCCCAUCGUAGUCGACGCCAAAGUCGCGGAAACCCUGUCCCCAAACCCGGAUUCCAACAGAUACAACGCGACUUUUUCAAUCAGGAAUUUGAGAAGAAACGUUUUCAAAGGAGAGCUCUCCGGUCGGAGUAAAGUCAUCACCGUAGCCCAGUUCGGAGCUGAGAAAUCUUGUGUGGACCUAAAGAAGGGCCAGAGAUACUUCCUGUUCUUGGACCCGUUAGAAGAAGGAUCGGACGUAUACAGAGUCCACUUCAACCCGGUCUUAUUCAACAAGAAAGACCAGAAAAAAAUCAAGAAAGCUGUGUGCAAGGGUUGCGAAAAAGCACCCAAAAUCAGAGGUCGUUUGCGGCCGGUGAAAGCUGCGGAGGGCGAGGAGGUCCAACUGAAGUGUAACGUACAGGGGAGACCUUUUCCUGCCGUCACGUGGAAGAAAGACGGCGAGCUCUUACAAGACUUGAAGUUGAAAGGAGUUCAAAUCAAACCCUCAAAACGAGGAUCUAGGGUUCGGAUUAAAAAGUUGUUACCGAUACACGAGGGGACAUACGAGUGUGUCGCAGAAAGUCCAGUACCAGGAGACCCAGCUACUACUAAAAAUACAGUAACUAUUAAAGAACCCACACCUCCAGAGACCACAACUCCAACUGGUACAGUCUCAUCAACAACUCCAGUUAAAACCCCAAUUUUUCAAUUAACCACAAUCCCAACCCAAAAAACCUUUACAGGCCACGGCAUUCCAUGCAGAGAUCAAGACGCUGGCUACUGCUUAAAUGGAGGCACCUGCACCCAGCUUCCUGCACCCGGCGCUGGCAACAAGUUUGAGAAGAGAUGCACGUGCACGGAUGAUUACUUUGGCAACCGCUGCCAGUAUGCUGCCAGUAUAAGAGAGUUACAAGCUCGAUUACGACGAAAGCGAUCUUUUGCCUUCAGAGGUGCAGAAGAAAUUCAUCAGAAGAGAGUCCUUGCUAUCACCGGAAUAUGUUUAGCUCUACUUGUUGUUGGGAUCAUGUGUGGCGUGGCGUGGUAUAUGUCUAGGAAGCAACGUAAGAAGUGGUGCCGUAAACACCUGAUGGCGAACGGAGAGGCGCGGGGUGGGGAUGCAGAGGAGCCCCACGAGGGCGAGAUCAUGAUCCCGAUGACAAAUCUGGCUGGGGCCUCCCGCACAGAGCCCAAACAAGACUUGGCGGACGAGACUUCCUUCAGGAAUGGCGACUCCCGCGCACCUCACGACAACCCCAACGGCGACGUCGGCAGAAAUCAACCAAUGGACGACCUCCAGGGCGGACGGCGGAAGCGACUGAACGGCGUCGCCAAGCAGGCUUUGUCGAAGCCGUCGUGGCAGAGCACGCCGAACAAGGACAGAUCGCCCCGAAAAGAAUUCGCGGCGCUCCCCGAUGAGCCCUCGCCCAUUCCAGAACCGAGCACGCCCCCGAGACCGUUGCGGGAGCAUCGCCCCCUACCGGUCCCCGACAUCCAGCAGUUUAGGCAGGCGAGUCGGGAGUCGUCCCAAGAAGAUCUCGCCAACGAGAGCACGCCGCUACGAAAGGGGUCGUCCGCCUCUUCCAGCGGAUCCAGCUUGCAGUUGGACACGUCCAGGCCUGUCCGUAAGCCCUUCAUCACUAGGGAGCCGGACGACGUAGAUCUAAGUACGAAAGAGUUCCGACCAUACGACGUCACCGACGGCGGUGACCUCACGCCAGAGUUCACGCCCACGAACACACCCAGAAUACAGAGAGAUCGACGAGAUUUCCCCAACAACAACCCUCCCUACAUCUCCACCUCGCGCCCUAGCGACGAAGAGGACGAAAACGAUAACUUCAAUGCCACUGAUCCCGACUUUCACGCACGACUGAGAAACGUCAUAGAAAACCAGGAAGCCGUAGCUGUAUAAUCUCCCAACUAUGGUAGUAAUCAAGCACUUAAAGAUCCCUCAAGAAAACAGCUUAACCUGUCCUGAGAAACCUACAUCAUAAUAACUUUUAAGAAUUGCCUUUGUAAUCUUUAAGUUUCUUUCUCAGCCAUUUUUCUUUGUCACACAGUAUUAUAGAAACUUGACAUUCUAAGUUAUGUGGAUUAACAGCUCAUUAUAAGGAAUUCAAAAGUGUCACUUCCGUAUUUUUAUCGGUUAAAAAUUCUAAGACAAAUACUUGAGAACCAUUCUCUUGUAUCCCUUCCCGAUUCUUUCUCUCUGGUGUACAAUGUAUUUUCAAUCCUGAAAGAAUUUGACACAUCCCUUAGUGCCAUACCUUUGAUGAAGGUGCCAAGCUCAGAUGAAGUGUUCCAGAGAAAGAUUUUUUUCUUGGCACAAACCACUUCUGACAGUUGAUAUCAAUUUUAUUGAAGGCUUGGUGAUAAUAUUUGUUAUUUCGUUCCCAAAAUCACAAAUCCAUUAAGGUGACUGAAAAAAUUAUAACAAUUGUUUUUUUUACAGUGAUGAGUUGCCACAUGCAAGAAUGAUUCUUAGUUUAAACAUAUCAUUAUCGAACUGAACAUAACGUGACACUUAGAGAACCUUAUCGGGUAUGCCGUUACUGCCAACGUUCCGCGUCGAAAGUUGCGGACGGAAUUACGUGUACAAAUGUAGGGAAUGGCUUUAGAGACACGUCGACAUACAUGUAGCACCAGCGCGCCUGAGAAUGCCACGCUGGCGGGCGAUCUACCAGUUGCGCUGGUAUAUACACCCCACCAUACCCUUCCUGAUCACAUUCCAGUUCCAUUACCAUGGCAACGGCACACGCUUCCGACACUUGUAUCCCACAGCUAGUAUUAACAGCUCGAAUGCAACCGAAAUAGUACACAUGUACAUGGAUCACAAGCCCGCUUCCUCAUGACAAAGCAAGAUAUAAAUUGUGAUGUAGAAAGUAAGGACUACAACUACUUAUAGUAGAGGUUUUGAAGAGAACUUAAUGGAAAGAACAAGGGUGUACAUAUUUCGUAUAUCUUUCAUUGCUGGGUCUCCUGGACAUUUUUUCCUAAUUUAUUUAAGACAAAAAAAACAA